AUGUUUCGUUUGGUUGUUGUAGUAUUGUUGGGUGUUUUGUCGCUAGUAGCGGGAGGAGUUCCUAACGAAGCACGUGUUGUCCAUGGCCAACCCACUGAGAUUACCGUGUUCCCCUAUUUGGUCUCUCUCCAGCAGUUUAAUAGCCAUAUUUGUGGAGGAAGUAUAUUAAACGAGCAGUGGGUCCUAACUGCGGCUCAUUGCCUGAAGACCAUAAUCGAUAAUAAUCAAGUUUCAACUCUCAAAAUUCGUGCUGGUAGUUCAGAGUGGCCUCACGGUGGUGUGCUGAUGUCUGCUGAAACAGCUUUCAUGCAUGAAUACUAUGAUCCGAGGACUUUACUUAAUGAUAUUGCACUUAUCAAAGUAUAUGGCGGAUUUGUUUAUAGUGACACCAUCCAACCUGUGGGAAUAUUGACAUCUCCUAUUCGAUCGGGAAAAUCGGUUGUAGUAAGUGGAUGGGGCCAAUUGGCGGCUUCAAACCCUCAACUUCCGACACAUGUGCAAGCCGUGGAGAUGAAAUUCUACUCAAAUCAAGAUUGUGCUAAAACAUACGGAAGAGCUCUGUUUGACACAAUGGUUUGUGCGAUAGGACCUGUCCAGGAUGCAUGCAAUGGCGACUCUGGUGGUCCUCUUGUUAUAAGUGGUUCAAGGACACAAGUCGGAGUUGUGUCUUGGGGAGUUCGUUGUUCCGAUGCAGGACUACCAGGGGUCUAUACCGAUCUUACUAAUCCAGAAAUGAUUGGAUUUUUGCAACGGAAUGUUGGUAAUUUAGUGUAAGAAACGCAAAGAUAAUAAAAAGCUAUUGCUUUAUUUCUUCUUUA